GCCAGACCUAGGGCUGUGUUGCCAACUUGCGCUACCGAAAUCCACUUGGGCUUCGACCACUAGCGAUCAGGAAGUAGCUACCGGCGCACAGCUCGAUUCAUACAGCACUUCUUUCCCACCCUUGAGUCUGCCACGUAACACCCUCCUGACGCUUCGCACGUCCCCUCUUUUGCCGGGAUAACGCUCAGCUCCUGAUCAGGACAGGACAGGGCUGGAUUGGACUGGACUUUCCGCCCGCCUAGACAGACCAUCUCGCUUCACCAUGUCGCACCCCGGCUCGCUGACGCUCAAUAUCCCCGCCACGUUCCAGAGCUCCUUCUGGUCGGCGCCAGACUACCGCAAGGGUCUUGAGGCGCUUUACUCGCGCCUGCAGGCCGGCAUCGACGAGGACACGUCGGUCCUGUCGCUCGUCGACCACCGGGCGAACCUCGAGUUUGAGUACGCAGAGAAGCUGGCGACGCCCUCUCCGCUGCCCUCGCACACCGCUCCACUCUUCAAGGGCUUCCUCACAAGCGGCGUCAGCGACGCGGCGCGCAAUUUCGCAGCAGGAGACAGUGCAGCUAGCCAUGCAUUCAGGACCCUCGAGGCCGAAGCGACGACGGCCCAGAGCGCUGCCCACUCGAGAGUGGCCCGCAACCUGGAAAAGACAAUUACCAUUCCGUUUGGCAAGUGGAGCGAGGACCACAAGAAGAGGGUGCAGGCCAGCUGGGAGCAUCUCGAUGCCACCGUCGAGUGGUACGAGCGACAAUGGCAAGACACCGACAAGCUGCAGCAAAAGUACGCCCAGAAGUGCAGGCAGGCCGAUGAGGCCGAGGACGACGCUCGCUUCGCCGGCGGUGAGCACUCGGGUGACGAAGCGUUUAUGCAUGCUUCCUCCUCUUCCCCCGCCCUCCCAGCAUUGCCCGAGAAGGAGGCCGACCACGAUGAAACGGAGGAGGCAGAGGCAGAGGAUGAAAAGGCUGAGGCGGAUCCCGAACGUCUCAAGCGCCGCGAGACGCUCCGGCAGCAAUUUGGCUUCCGUCGUGCCAAUGCGGCCGCCAAGGCCGAGGGCGACAAGUUUACACCCCUGAGCCCAAGGAGCAUCAGCGCCCAGAUCUCGUCGCCCACGUCGGAGCGGUCAGAAGACAAGGAGCAGCUUCUUGGAGGCCUCAAGAGGAGCGUCACCCUUUCAAGUGCGCUUUCUAGCGCCCUCUCCAAGGCUUCUGUCAACCCCACGGUGCAGAACCUGCGUGCAGCUGUCGGAGGCCUGUCAGAGCCUCGUCAUUUGCGCCUCCGAAGAGAGGCUGAACAGGCGGAGCAAGCCUACAAGGAAGCCGUCCGAAAUCUCGAUAAACUUCGCUGCCGCACUGAGGAGACACUCGCUGAGCACUUCAAGCUGGCAGAGCGUUGGGAGGCCGAGCGGCUUCGCGCCAUCAAGAGCGUCUUGGCCGCCUUCAAUGCUGCCUUUGAGCCGCUCCUCCCCAUGACGCACUCUUCACUCCAGCGUUGCGCCGCCCUCGAGCCGGCGCUGGACCCGCUGGCCGGUCUCCAGCACGUCAUGGCCGACAGCAGAACCGGACCGUACCGUCCUGUCGCCCAGGUCUUCCACCCUUACUACCACGACGAUUCCAGCACGUUGAUGGGUGCCGGAGCGGGCGGAUUCGGCAUGAACCUCCGUGCAUACAUGCGUGCUGAGGCGCUUCUGGUCGAAGACGGCGAAGGGAGCGAGGCGCUGAGGACAUCUGCCUUCCUGGGCUCAAAGUCUGGUCUGCCUGCCUUGCCUCUGACGCUCUCUGCCCUGCUUGCUGCGCUGGAAAGGCAGUACAACGACGCCUCGCGCUGGCCCAAGGCAAGGAUCACGACGACGGCCGAAGGUGAGGCCAAGGAGGCUGAGGACGAGAAGUCGCUCACGGUUCGUGUCAACGAGGAGAAGCGCAAGUCGUGGAUCUACGAGGUGCCUCUGUCGGCGUCACACGCCUGCCGUGAAGCCAUCAUCAGCCACCUGGGCGGCUCGAGCGUGCCUGGUGCCGACGUGGGCGCAGGCUUGGACAGCAAGCUCUCGCGCUUCGACACGCCCACCUUGGCAGCGACGGUCAAGCUAUGGUGCCUCGAGCUUGUUGACUCACUCAUCAGUAGCGAGCUGUGGAUGGACGUCAUCAACGCAUAUGCAGCAGCUCAGGGCCAGGAACGGGAGGCGCGGAUCAAGGCGGCGGAGAAGGAGAAGAAGGAGCAAUCAGAAGCGGGCAAAGACGAUGAAGAGACGCCCGACACACCGACAGAGGCGACGCCAAAGAAGGAUAAGGGCAAGGCGAGGAAGAGGGCUCCAGGCACUGGCUCUGACCUUGACCCGGCAGUGGAAGAAAAGAUCCGAAAGGGUGUGCUCGAGGAUCUCGGUGUGAUCCUGAGCAAGCUGCCAAAGAUUCAUCUCGUGUGCCUCGAUGCCCUGCUUGGCCACCUGUCCAAGCUCAUCAAGACUACGCCCACCGAAGAGCCCGAUUUGGCCUUCCUGCACAAGCUCGGUCUCAGCCUGGCCCCUGUCUUUAUCCGUCCGCUUGUUGAGACUCCGCACACGAUGUGGACAAAGUCGCCCGCGCUCAUGAUGAUCGACCUCAUCAAGUACUACGACGAGCUCUUGCCGACGGUGACUGACCGCAAGGCAAAGGAGUCUGAAGCCGUUGCUGCGCAGCGACGCACGCCCAUCCGCAAGCGCACCAAGCCCGUCGAUCAGCGUCUUUCGAGGAGCAAAAUGGCGGCGUCAGCCGGGCAUGACGUCCCGAUGCUCCCGCCCAAGGAUGGAUCCAUCGGCAUGGCUGCAUCUCCAACGGAUUUGAUGACACAGGGACUGCCCGACGGCGCAAGCGGUAGACCCACGGUGGCGACCAGGGGAGCCAAAGAGGCGGCCCAGACAGCCACUGCCGGUGACGAAGAGGCGCCAACCCCACUGGCCGACCGCGUGCUGCAGUCGACGACCAGCAACAAUCUCAAAGCUCCCGAGAGAGUCACCAGCCCAUCUUCGACCAGUGGCGGCUCGGCCUAUGACACGCCCGGCGAGUCGGACGAGGAGGUCAAGAAGGCCGCCCCUGCGACCUCUCAUACGGCUUCUUCCUCGGCUGGCGAGGACACGCCGACCUCCAAUGUAGCCAGGCUCAGCAGGCAAUUUGGCAGCAUGGGCAGCGGAAGGAGCAAUGUCCGAGGGCCCAGGGCGGCGGGUAGUCGGCCAACGUCGACGGUGGCGCCUUCUUCCGCGCAACUUACGAAGCGCGAGAGCCGGGACCUCGCUCCUUCGACUGACUCUGCCGACAAGUGAGUAUCGUCGAGUGACAAGGAAUGCAAUGCCUUUGCGAUUGCACCCAGGACACCCAGCAAGAGUGAGCGAAGAAGGUCCUGGUCGAGGACAAUGGAGUCUUCGGAUGCCCUCGUGGACAACGAGUAGUACAGUACAUUCUGUUUAUUAACGACCCGUAGAUACGUCACGAGAUGGUUGAGAUGCAAGUCAGUCGAGAAGCUGGGUUACUGAG